AUGGUUCGCCCACCAUUUUCCCUCUCCAAAUCUGAACCCAAGGCAAGGACGUCCACCCAGCCAAAGAAUAAAAAUCUAUCUCGAGGUUUGAGACGAGCUUACUCGUCUGCAUACUCUCAACAAUUCUCUGCAGACAAAAUCAAAGAGACCGAUCCGUACCGAACCAAACUGCUUUGGCGGAAGGUCAUGGAACAAAAACCUCCUCGAUACUCGCAAGCCACUCCGGCCAGCCGACUCAAGAGUCAGGCUCGGUCAGAAGAUCCCACGAAAAGCAUUUUCUCGACAUCUACCUUUAAGACAGGCUCUAGCAGAACGCAAAUCGCCGGAGCUGCCACGGCCCACGACUCCGACUUCGAAGAUACUCAGUUACUUCCGCGGGGGGUUGAGAUAACAAGAGGCGGGUGUUGGCGUGUGGGAGGGGCUCACGGCCAUUUUGGCUCCGAGACACCUGUGGACGCCGCCAAAUCACGCGAAUUUUACCAAUCCAUCGUUCAAAAUGCCCUUGCAGGAAGAGCUGACCGGGAUAUAGACGGUUCGAUAUUCCUGCCCAUGGACGCCGACUUCAUCACGUCCGUGUACACGACGUAUCGUAUUAUGGGAGAGGAAGAAGUUUUGGAAUCUGAGUUCAAGGGAUAUGCUUGUGAGAAUCUGUUCACCGGGCCAUACCGUCUCUUAGGACAGAAUGUUGCAAGACGGCUUGGUGCUGUACGGUGUCUGGAAAUGUCGCUCAAGCCCCGCGAGAAUUAUGCUGGAUGUAUGUGGCAUGCACCUCCACUCCUCUCGGAUCAACCUCCUUCCAAACCCUUUGGUUUCGACAUUUUCGCCGACUGUCAAUUCUGGCUUUGCGACAAGGUCUUGAAUCCCAAUUAUCGAAGGAAUGCCGGCCAGGUCGUGCUUUGCAAGUCCUUUGGUGCAUUUUGUCCCUAUUUCUCGAUUGAGUUCAAAGCCAUAACUGGCGAUCAGCGGGUUGCGGCUAAUCAAGUAUUUGCCGCUGGCCUGAUUUCCUUGUUCAAUCGAUAUCGAUUGAAAGUCGACGCCUUUCGCCAUCCUACUCUGGAGCAACUCAAACUGGUUCGUCAUUACGGAUCGACGAUGGUGAAAGAUACUUGGACAGUAUGGCUCUUUGAACCCAAAAUCACUGAUGGGGGGGCUUGGGCCGGCUGCACUAUACGAAUGCUUGAUAAUGGGAGGUGUCGGGAUGAACUUGGAGUUAUGAGUUUGCUUCAAUGGAUCAACGAAAUUCACCGGUGGGGACUCUGCGAGUACGCUCUCGGAUGUGAGGAGGAUAUCAAACAGAUUCUGAACCAAGGCCCUGGCAAUCUCAGAAUAUCCGCGAUAGGGAUCUCAAAGGAAACCGAAACCGUGAAGGAAACCGGAACGGUGGAGGAAGUCUAA